CCCAAGCCAGAGCCGGAGCCAUCACCAGCUCCAACCCCCAGUGUGUCACCUCCUUCACCUCCUUCUCCACCUCAACCAGAGCCUGAACCAAAACCCGAGCCAGAGCCGGAGCCAUCUCCGGAGUCAUCACCGGCUCCAACCCCCGAUAUGUCACCUCCCUCACCUCCUGCUCCACCUCAACCAGAGCCUGAACCAAAACCCGAGCCCGAGCCAUCAAUCUCACCGGAUGUUGCACCCAACUCCGAGCAAGAUGUUGAACUUAGCGUUCAAGAGUUCAGCAACUAUGAAGCUAUUCAGAGAUUCGAAUUGCUCUCGAAGCAAACCAAGAGGCCAUUUCUAGCUGUGAAGAAAGGCAAGGUCAAGUCGCCUAAAUUGCCAACCCCUUGGUUCAUUUAUGCGUUCCUGGGCGUUGGAAUCGUGACACUCUUGAUAACCUGCACAGGCCAUAUAGCUGCUGAGACGAGCCACAACUUUUGUCUCUCAUGUUAUUUAUGCUUGCAAAUUCUAUUAAUUGUAGCACAACUCAUCCUCGCUGGCUAUCUGUUUUUUGACAAGCAUUGGCGUCAGGACCUUCCCGAUGAUCCCACCGGGCAGUUGGAUAAAGUGGAGGAUUUCGUCGGAAAAAAUUUGACUAUUUGCAAGUGGGUUGCAUUGGGAGUGCUAAUUAUUGAGGCAUUGGGUCUAUUUUUCGCUAUGACUUUACGAGCCAUAUCUGCUGAUGCGCGUCGACCGGGAUAUGAUAGUGACGACGAGCUUGCUCCCACAAGGCAGCCCUUAUUGAACACUCGCCCGAACAAUCAACCAGCUCCCCCUGGGGCUCCUGCUCAGAAUCCUCCUUCACGCCCUACUGUCCGUAACGAUGCUUGGAGUGCGAGAAUGCGAGAAAAGUAUGGAUUAGACACAACAGAAUUUACGUACAACCCAGAAGAUCCGCAGUCCCGUAGAGUUCCUCAGUCGAACCAAGCAUCAACUAGUGCAGAGGACAAACCCAACCGCUGCAUAGUUAUGUAAAGAUCUUUCGAAGUGAUGGAAGUUGCUCGUUUGUGGCCUUGCAAUCAAGCAGCAGCGACGCAGUGACAAACCUUCAUUGUAACAGUGUGCUACAACUCGUCAUCUACUUCGCUCGAAUCCCGUCUCCGUUUCGUAAUAGCCAUUAGAAUAUUCAUCUUACUCACACUGCAUCCGUACAAUGUUCCAAACAAAAUACGGUUUUGUGAGUACUCCGUGUAAAUGAAGUAAUAUUUGAUUCAUUUA